CAGAUAUAACUGUAUCUUUCAGAUUGGUAAUCAAGUAACGGCCCACGCUUCCGUGGAUGCCUGCAUCGUUACAGUAAACGACGAUACUGGAGCAAAAGAGUUGGUUGCUUAUGUAAUAACAAAGAAGGGUACGGUCUCUGCUGAUAAUCUAACGCGCUAUCUUUCUCAACGUUUGCCAACUUAUUGCGUGCCAAAGCACUUCAUCUUCCUUGAGAAAUUUCCUCUGAAUCAGAACGGUAAAGUUGACAAGUGCCGAUUGCCAAAACCACAACGACCGCUGACAGUGGCGGAGCCGAGACCUGCGCAAGGAGAGCUCGAAAGGACAGUGGUGAACUCAUUCAAAAAGUACACUAACCGACAAUACAUGGCAAACGAGUCCUUUUUCGACUUCGGUGGCGAUUCUGUGAAGGGUUCAUCAAUGUGUCGUUUGAUCGAAUACGGCGCUUUUUGA